GAGCAGAGUCUUCCUCUUACAGUAAACUACUGAACUCUGCUGUCAGGGUUCUGGGAAAGUGCGCAUUACGCAGCAAUUAGGUUUUCUUUAUAUCCAUGCUUGUCUUCCCCUCACUUCCUGUUUGAAUAGCCUUAUUUGAUACUUCUGCAGGGGCAAAGGAUCACAUUAGACAGUAUCCAGGAUCAUGGCACCGAAGAGGAGAGCUGCUGCCUCCACUGCUGCUAAAGCCCGGGGUAAGAGGGUCAAACAAGAGCCAGAGACUCCCCAAAAACCCAAAGAUGCCUACACUUCAGCCAAAGAAGCUCUAAAGGCUGCUGCUCCAGAGAAGAAAGGCAAAAGAAAGGUGGAUGAACACUGCUACUUAUCUGGAGAGGUUUAUGAAGACUACGACUGCAUGCUUAACCAGACAAACAUCGGCCACAAUAACAACAAGUUCUAUGUCAUUCAAGUCAUAAAAGAUGGACCCAGCUGCUUUCACACUUGGACCAGAUGGGGCAGAGUGGGAGAAACAGGACAGAACAAACCGAGCACUUUUAAAACAGUGGGAGAGGCUAUCAAAGAGUUCGAGAAGAAGUUUAAAGAUAAAACCAAAAACAACUGGAGCGAUCGGGACAAUUUUGUGUCUCAUCCUGGGAAGUACACCCUGAUCGAGGUGGACGGCGAGCAGGAUGCAGAGGUCAAGGUGGACAGUGUGGAUGGGAAGUCCAAGAGUAAUAAAAACGUGCAGCCCUGUACUCUUAAUAAACCAACACAGAAGCUGAUGGAGCUCAUCUUCAGUACAGACAUGUUCAAAGAGGCCAUGGAGGAAAUGAACCUGGACAUAAAGAAGAUGCCUCUGGGGAAGCUGAGUAAGAUGCAGAUCGCGAAGGGAUUUGACGUGUUGGAGGAGAUUGAAGCCGCCUUGAACCGGAAAAGUAAACAGUCCGAAUUGGAGGAACUCUCAUCUAAAUUUUUCACCAUCAUCCCACACAACUUUGGACGCGUCAGGCCCCCAACCAUCAACUCCAACGAGAUCAUUGAGAAGAAGAAGGAGAUGCUCAUGGUGCUUGCAGACAUCGAGCUGGCACAGACACUGAAGUCAGAGACAGAAAAGGCCCAGGAGGAGAUGAUUGAGACUGUGCCUCACCCAGCGGAUCAGGACUACUCCUCACUCAAGUGCAACCUCACUCUGCUCGACAAGAAGUCACAAACAUACAAGAUAAUUGAGAAGUACUUGAACGAAACAAAAUGCUCAUAUAUGAAAAUCAGUAUCCUCAAUGUUUGGGAGGUCGACCGAUUUACAGAGGGAGAGCGCUUCAGUGAGAAUGACCACCUGGAGAACAGGCGUCUGCUUUGGCACGGCACAAACAUCGCUGUGGUGGCAGCCAUUUUGAAGAGCGGGCUCAGGAUCAUGCCUCACUCUGGGGGCAGAGUCGGAAAAGGCAUUUACUUUGCAUCAGAAAAUGCAAAGUCUGCUGGAUAUGUGGCUAUGUCUAAAAACACUGGGAUCAUGUUCCUGAAUGAGGUGGCUCUGGGUAAAGAAUACACUGUCACCACCGAUCACUGCACACUGAGGAGAGCUCCAAAAGGCUUUGACUCUGUGGUGGCCCGAGGAACAGUGGAGCCAGACCCCUCUCAGGACGUAGUCAUCACUCUGGAUGGAAAGCAGGUGGCAGUACCUCAAGGCCCUGCCAUCGCACAACCUCAGUAUACGGGCAGCCACUUCUCUAACAGUGAAUAUCUUGUCUACAAAGAGAGCCAAUGCCGGAUACGCUACCUGCUCGAACUGCACAUGAAAUAUAAUUAACACUUCAUUUUACUCUGUAGCUUUUGAUGGCUACCUCGCAAAUACCAUGUAAAAGUAGUGUGUAACCUAUAACAUGUAUCCGAGAGGCAUAGGACAAUAUAUAAUUAUUAAAACAGCUGGAGUUUUCUUAUGUUAUGCAAAAUUGACUUCAGUGAGCUCAAAAACAUACCUGAACUUGUGUUUUGUUUCAUUCACACAUGUUUGAGUAAUACUUUAUUAUUAGUCUGUCCACAUCUCCAAAGGUCAGAAUGCUCUGUUCCACCUCGUGAUGUCAUGUAGUGAUAGUUUUCAAGUUAACAACUAUUUUUUACAUUUUGUUCAGCAGAGAUUGGCCAUUCCAGGGCUGAAAUUAUCCAAAUCAUUCUGGUGAAGGUGUAUGGUGUUUUAAAAACACAGUGGAGCUAUUCUUGUAUUACUGCAUGACAUCACAGAGUGCUACGGUGGUGUUUUCUUUCUAAGAGAAGAAUGAGCCUAAGUAUGCAGGGUUUGUGUGUUAAACGUGUGUGUGAAACACAACUCCAGGUAUGUUUUUGACGAGGAAACAACAUGAACUACUUUAAGAUUAUUAUUAUUAUUUAACAUUAAAUACUUAAAGUGUUCAUUUUACACUAUUUUCUGAUCUAUUUUAUAAUGUGUUUUCCUCAUCAAAAAAUUGUUGUUGUGUUUUGUUUCAUUCACACAUGUAACACACAAACCCUGCACAUUUAGACAGAGUUCUUCUCUCAAACAGAAAACAGUACAGGUAAUAUAAGAAGUGCCCCACUGUGUUUUUAAAGUCCACACACCUUCACUAGAAUCAUCUGGAUGAUUUUUGCAUUGGAAUUGCCAAUCUCCACUGAACAAAAGAUAAAAGGGAGCUAGCUGACAUCGCAAGGUAAAACAGAGAUGUAGACAGACUAAUAAUAAUGCACGAAUAAAACAAAAUACAACCCCAGGUAUGUUUUUGAGGAGGCAACAACAUUUUAACCUGACAACAUGCUGCUAAUAGCUGUUCUUCAGACACAUGAAUGAGAGAGCAAGUAAUGCUACAGAACAGCUUUUCAUUCAUAUCCAUUACAGAUUAAUAAUGUAAAUAAAAUUCUGAAAAACACCUCUAUAAAGCUCUAAAAUAGACCUAUCACUGCUUUUUUCGACAACUGACAAUGUAAAAAAAAAAAUACUGUGUAAAAUAAUCAACCCAUUUUAUUUUUUGAAUUAUGCCUUAAGAAGUGACAUAUCCCAUUUUUUCCAAACAUUUGCACUGUGCAUGCUGUCAUGCAUCUGAACAGUUUGCCUUAUGUCUGCUGUAAAAGCAGUCACUAGUUUUAGUAGUUGUAACAGUCCUUUAACUAUAAUAACAAUACUACUACUAUAAUUAUUAUUAAUUAUUAUUAUAAGAAGAUCUGAAAUGGUUCAGAUACAAUGCUUUUAUUUUGUUUUGUUUUUGUUUUGUUUAAUUCAGAUUACAUUGGUUUCUGGCUGGUUUGUUUUUGUUGGUUAAUGGUAAUGCAAAUGAGUAGUUAUGUUAGAAAAUGGUACAACAUUUGAAUAGCUGAUCUUUACUUCACUGUUUGAAGUAAACUUAUUGUCAUGCUGUUUUCCACUUGUAACAAUUCUUAAGCUGUAAUAGUUGUAUCUGAGAUGGUUCAGUUUUUUCUUCUUUUUAUAUUUUAUUUCAUUUUACAUUGGUUUCUGAUUUAGAUUUUUUUUGUUGAAAUUUUUAAACAAUUUGAAUAGCUGAUCUGCCUGAAAUUUACCACUUUAUUACAGAGUUUAAAAUGUUUACAUGUAAAAGUUAAAUUGCACUAAACUAUGAGAAGUAAUAUAAUAUAAGUGUAGGUGAAUGAGUGAUUUUUGUUUUGUUGGCUCACCACAAAGUUUUGUUGAGUUUGGCUCGUGUUCUGCUUCUUGCUUUUCACCUUGUGGUAGCAGUUAUCUGUGUUAUAAUAUACCUAUAGGGUCACCAAACAACAAAUAAAUAUGUUUAUUCACCAA